AUGCCUUCAGUAGGACUGGAAAUACUCGGGGUGAUUCUGGCUGUCCUGGGAUGGAUCUCCGCCAUUGUUUCUUGCGCUUUGCCUAUGUGGCGAGUGUCAGCUUUCAUUGGAGUGAAUAUUGUCACAGCGCAGACCACCUGGGAGGGCAUCUGGAUGAACUGCGUGGUCCAGAGCACGGGUCAGAUGCAGUGUAAAAUCCACGACUCCAUGUUGGCUCUAAGUGCAGAUCUUCAGGCUGCCCGUGCCCUCACUAUCAUCUCCAUUGUGUUGGGCAUUGUGGGACUCCUGGUUGCCAUAAUGGGGGCAAAAUGCACCAACUGUGUGGAUGAAGAGUCAGCAAAGGCUCGGGUGAUGAUAGCCGCUGGAGUUGCCUUCAUCCUGGCUUCUCUGACCCAGCUGAUCCCCGUGUCCUGGUCUGCCAAUACCAUCAUAAUGGAGUUCUACAAUCCAAUCAUACCUGAGGCUCAGAAGAGGGAGAUAGGUGCGGCUCUGUACCUGGGCUGGGCUGCAGCCGCAUUUCUGCUCAUCGGAGGGGGCAUCCUCUGCUCCAGCUGUCCCCCGCAGCCUGAGAAACGGUAUGGGCCCCCAUCAAAGUUGAUGUACCCCCAGACGAGGUCGCUUGCUCCGAGUGGUUACGACAGGAGGGACUAUGUUUGAAGUUUGAAGUGCUCUUCUCUCACACUUUUGCCAUUGUGGAAAAGACAGAGAGCUACAGAGGAAUGUCACUUUUUGAUAACUUAUCUGUCUUUGUUGGGAUGGAAAAAACUCUUGAUAUUCAUUCCUCUAUAUAAUGUCUGCCUUUUUAAA